UUCCCCACCCUAAAACCCUACUCUAAAUCCCUUUCCGGGCUUUUCCCCGUUUUCUCGUCUUCUCAUCUCUUCCACCUUAGUUCAAGCCAUGUACCCUGCAACUUCAACCUCCCCUUAACCUUAACAAGCGCAAUUCCAACUUCCCCUUUCACUUAUUGCCAUGUCGGCCUUAUCUAGAGGCCUCGUCCCUCGUCUCUACCAGCUCCUCACUUCCAACCCUAAGCUCACAUCAACUUCGGCAACUGCAUCAGGAGUUCCUCACACCUUCAUCUGCCUCCGGAGAUUCAGCACCCAUGAGUCGGAGGUCGUCCUCCCACCCACCCGGAUCAUCGAAGCCAAAUCCGGAAUCAUGACCCCCAUCUCCAAGCGCACUGGUGUUAUUGCCAUCAAAUGUGGAAUGACCGCUCUUUGGGAUAAAUGGGGUGCUAAGAUUCCUAUCACUAUUUUAUGGGUCGACGAUAAUAUUGUUUCUCAGGUCAAGACUGUCGAGAAAGAAGGCAUUUUUGCCCUACAGAUUGGUUGCGGGCAGAAGAAGGAAAAGCAUUUGACGAAGCCAGAAGUAGGCCAUUUUAGAGCUCAAGGUGUACCAUUGAAGAGGAAGUUGAGGGAGUUUCCUGUGACAGAAGAUGCACUUCUUCCUGUUGGUACCUCGAUCGGUGUUCGCCAUUUUGUUCCAGGGCAGUACCUUGAUGUCACAGGAAUAACGAAAGGGAAAGGUUUUCAGGGUGGAAUGAAGAGAUGGGGAUUUAAAGGAAUGCCAGCAUCUCAUGGUGCAUCACUAUCACAUCGAAGUAUUGGUUCCACGGGUCAGAGGGAUGCCCCUGGAAAGGUUUUCAAAGGCAAGAAGAUGCCUGGGCGUAUGGGUGGGAAGCAGAGAACAGUAAAAAAUGUAUGGGUCUACAGAAUAGAUCCAGCAAGGAAUUUGAUGUGGGUUAGAGGACAGGUUCCAGGUGCCACAGGGAACUUUGUGUUUGUAAAAGAUGCUUUCUAUAACAAACCUGAUGUUUCAUCACUUCCAUUCCCGACUUACUUUGCGGCAGAAGAUGAGGAUGCAACGGAAUUGGGACCUCUUACUGCUGAUCUUGGCGAUGUAGAUCCAUUCAUGUUGGCAGAUUGAUGGGGGCUUAUGGUGAUAAUUGUUAUAGAGAAACUCGUUUCUUUUUAUUUGGUAUGGUAUUGGGUUGUUCUUUCACCAGAGUUGAGGGGAUGGGACCUGGGGAGGCUCUUAGAUGGAGAUUUUAAAUCAUAAUGUUACAGGACUGAAUGAAGAUGGGAGGCAUGUAAUUUUUACAUUUUUUUUCAAUUAAAUUGGCCUCUGAUCUUCUUUUU